AUGGUCCUGCCGCUGGCCGACGACUGCGAUGACUGUGUACCAGAGUAUGCGCAGAGAAGGCCGACGACGGUGGCCAUAUCUGCGCUGCCCUUUCUCUUGACCUUUCUCGUCGUCGCGUCGGUAGUCUCGCAAAAGCUGUUCCCUGCACUAUCUCGAGAUGCGGAGCGGAAGGCGCAUCAUGCCGGUACACUGUCCCAGGAUUCUGUUACGCGAUCCAGGGCGUCCAUCCUCGCCCACCUCCGACCGAAUGGACGGUCUCUCGCAAGCAUCAUCUUUUCGACAAACAUUGGCCUGUCUGCCGUACUGGCCGAAUUGAUCUUUUGCGAAAUUUCCAAUACUGCGAACCGCGCGACUCGAACACUGGCCCUCAAGAUCACACUGCCCUUACUACUGUUCCUACUCAUCGUCGCGACGCCUGCUUUUGAGAUUCACUCGAUCAUCUCGGGGACUGGGCUGAGAGCUGGCGAUGCGCAACGUGGGCGAAGAAGGAUCGCUUGGGUGCUGGAGCUGUGUGGAUUGACGGCAUGGCUCGCUGCAUUCUGGUACCUUGGACGAGGACUACUGGGAUCCUAUCUACACGAGGAGUCGUACGUGCAUGAACAUACGUUCACGGAGGGGUGUCUGGAGCGUAUUGGCAUCAUUGGCAUCAGUCUAAUGGCCUCGCUCGCCGGAUUUGCGGCUAUUUCAUCGCUCUGGCAGACAUUCGGCGUCAAAUACCGUCCGGUUUCUGACGCAGAUAUCGGCCGCAAGCAAGCAGGCAUACAAGCAACCAACGACAUGCUCCUGGUCAAAGAGAGCCGUCUGCGCGCAGUCGAGCGCAAGCUUGCGGACAACCCGCAACAAGGUUUCAUGGGCCGCGUCGUAGGCACACUCCGCGGCAACCCGGACGUCCAAGAACGCAACACGCUACAACUUGAGAUCCAAGGGCUGGAAACCAUGCGCAGCACUCUGCAAAACUCGCUGGCCGUGCUGCAGAGUCGACGACAGUCGCAGCAACGGUCCCACACAGCCCAUGGCCGCAUUCUCAACAUGGUCUCCUACCUCUUCGCCCUCUACUGCGCCUAUCGCAUCGGGGCCACCACCGUUUCCACGCUCCGUCGCUUCUCCUCGCCCACGGCGAGUUUUGCCUCGAGCGACCCGAUUAACAAUUUCCUGGCGGUCUUGGCAAAACACUGGGAUCCGACCCUUGACCGCGUGGCCUGGUCCCGGACCAUCUCCUUCUUGCUCUCCGGCGUCAUGCUCCUCUUGUCCUUCAACAGCGUGCUGCAGACCUUUUAUCUGUUUGCACGAGUCGUGCCGGGCCUCUUGCACCAGGCCAAGACCAACUUUGCCCUCAUCCUAUCGCAAAUCGCGGCCACAUAUGUGAUUAGUUCUGCGUUGUUGUUGAGGAGCAAUCUGCCGCCUGAGAUGAAGAAUAAGAUUAGCGAUGCGUUGGGUGCGCCGUUGGAGCCCGCGUUUACCGAGAGGUGGUUUGAAGGAUGGUUUCUGGCGAGUUGUGCGAGUACGGUUGUGGGGUUGUGGGUGGGCAGGCGGAUGAGAGGGGUAGAGUGGGAUGAGGAUGAUCAAGUGGGAGAUGGAGAUGUGGAGAUGGGAAAGAGGAGUUGA